AGUCCUGGAGGGUCCCUCCGGAGAAAGGAGGGAGGGAAUGGGCGGCGUCCGAGGCCUAGUCUGUCAUGGGGACGCUGGGAGGGAGGCCCGUGAGAGGCGGAGGCUUCGGCCUGGGCCUCCCCUGCGGGGAAGGGGACGCAGCAGUGACUGUUUUCUCUUUCUCCCCCGCAGGAGGACAGAGGAGCUCGGCGGGGGAAGGAAGUAGAGAGGAGGAGGAGGAGAGCGGCCCCGCGGAGCAGCCCUGCCCGGCGCGGCUUGCCCGGGGGACGGCGGAGAAAGGCCGGGAAGCCCCGGGGCUGCAGGAGGGAUGAGCCCAGGGAGACCCCGGGAAAGGCGGCUGCCCGGAGGGCGAUGCGGGAAGAAGGAAACGGGCGGAGACCCCGAGACGGUCCUGGAGGGCGGAGAGUCCUUCGAAAGACCCGGGAAUCCCCAGAGGAUCCAGGAGGGACGAAAGAGAUAUCAGUGCCCGGAAUGUGAAAAAUCCUUCAAAACAAAUUCACAUCUUAAAAGCCAUCUAAGCAUCCACACAGCAGAGAAGAAAUACGAAUGCCCGGAAUGUGAAAAAUCCUUCAGAAGAAACGACCAUCUUCAAAGGCAUCUAAGGAUCCACUCCGGAGAGAAGCCUCAUAAGUGCCUGGAGUGUGGAAAGUGCUUCCCUCAGACAGGCAACCUUUAUAUACAUCAAAGGAUCCACACAGGAGAAAAACCUCACAAAUGCCUGGAGUGUGGAAAGAGCUUCAGUCAGACCAGCAGCCUUUAUAGACACGAAGGGAUCCACUCGGGAGAGAAACCUCAUAAAUGCCUAGAAUGUGGAAAGAGCUUCAGUCAGUUGGGAAACCUUUAUCGACAUCAAUGGAUGCAUUCGGGAGAGAAACCGUACAAGUGCCAGGAGUGUGGAAAGAGAUUCAGUUUGAAGCAAUACCUUUAUAAACAUCAAAGGAUCCACUCUGGAGAGAAACCAAAUCAAUGCUUGGAGGGUGGAGAGUCCUUCGGAAGACUCUGGAAUCCCCAACGAAUCCAGAAGAGAGAGAGGAUUCACAAAUGCCCGGAAUGCGAAAAAUCCUUCAAAAGAAACGACCAUCUUCAAAGGCAUCUAAGAACUCACUCAGGAGAGAAACCAUAUACAUGCCUGGAAUGUGGAAAGAGCUUCAGUCAGAGGAGUCACCUUCAUGUACAUCAAAUGAUCCACUGGAGAGAGAAACCGAAUAAAUGCCUGGAGGGUGGAGAGUCCUUUGGACGACCCAGGAUUCCCCAAAGGAUCCAUGAGGGAGAAAAGAAAUAUCAAUGCCCGGAAUGUGAAAAAUCAUUCAAAAGAAAUAGAGAACUUCAAAGGCAUUUAAGGAUCCACUCAGGAGAGAAACCUUAUAAAUGCUUUGAGUGUGGAAAGAACUUCCGUGACAGGAGCACCCAUGAUAAACAUCAAAGAAUCCACAGAGGAGAAAAACCUUAUAAAUGCUUUGAGUGUGGAAAGAGCUUCACUCAGACGGGCAACCUUUAUACACAUCAAAGAAUCCACACAGGAGAAAAACCUCAUAAAUGCCUGGAGUGUGGAAAGAACUUUGGAGAUAGCAGCACCCUUUAUAGACAUCGAAGGAUCCACUCGGGAGAAAAACCUCAUAAAUGCCUGGAGUGUGGAAAGAGCUUCCAUCAAAGGGGACAUCUUUAUAGACAUCAAAGGAUCCACUCAGGAGAGAAACCUUAUAAGUGCCUGGAGUGUGGAAAGAGCUUCAGUCAUAGCUGCAGCCUUUAUAGACAUCAAAGAAUCCACUCGGAAUAAAUGCCUGGAGGGAGGAAGGUCCUUCGGAAGACAUUGGAAUCCCCAAAGGAUCCAUGUGGGAGAAAAGAAAUAUCAAUGCCCGGAAUGUGAAAAAUCCUUUAAAAGAGAUAGAGAACUUCAAAGACAUCUAUGGAUCCACUCGAGAGAAAAGGAAUACAACUGACCAGAAAGUAAAAAAUAAUGGAAAUCUGGAAAACCAUCUAAAGAUCCACUUAGGAGAGAAACAAUUUAAAUGCUAGGAGUGUGGAAUGAGUUUCAAUUAUAGGAGCAGCUUUAGUAGAUAUCUAAAGAUCCACUCAGGAGAAAAAAUGUAAUAAAUGCCUGGAGGGUGGAAAGUGCUUCGGUCAGAAGAGCAGCCUUUAUUAGACAUCAAAGACUCCAUUUACAAAAACCCUACCAAUGCGGGGAAUGU